CAAAGGGCGCGUGUUGUUCGCGUCAUGUUGUCCUCUGAUGCCGCAGGUCAACGUGAUUUUUGGGGCAACUGAGGCGAAACAUGCCGUGUUAACUUAAAGCUGUCUCAAUACUUUAGGUGUCCUCGCGAGUUUUGUACAGUGCAGGAUGUGUGCGUUCAGGAGGAGCGCGCUCUUGUUGUCUCUUGUUCGCUGUAUCAGGAGGCGGCAGCAGUUUCCAUGCGUGGAUGCUCGGAAUCAGAUUAAAACUGCGCAGUUUACAGUAGCACGAGGUCGAGAUGUUCAUUCGUGGUCAGCGAGAUGUUUAGCAGACCGCGAAGUCCGGCAUCCAUGGACAAUAUAUCAGCGAAGACUAUUUACUGAAACACCAUCUAAAGAAGAUGAGUACCCUCCGUUACCAGAAUACACCCCGUGUGAAGAGCCCCAAGCAAAGGAAGUGUUCAUCAUCCAGGCCAGGGGUUUUCCUUGGUCAUGUACUGCAGAGGACUUAAUGAACUUCUUUUCUGAUUGUAGGAUCCGAGGUGGAGUUGAGGGAAUCCAUAUAAUUCACAACAGGAACGGAAGGGCGACGGGAAAGGCGUUUAUUGAGCUGGAGCACGAGGAGGACGUUUGCAAAGCAUUGGAUCUGCACAAGCAUUACCUGGGACAGCGCUUUGUUGAAGUGUAUGAGGUAACAAAGAAAGAUGCUGAAGCCAUAUUAAAGGCUACACAGCAGUUUACAGAGUCAGAUGAAGUGGUGCGACUCAGAGGACUUCCCUUCAGCUGCACGGAGAAAGACAUCAUUCAGUUUUUCUCUGGGCUGGAGAUUGUGGAAGAUGGAGUUACAAUAGUCCUGGACAAGAGAGGAAGAAACUCAGGCGAUGCCUACGUGCAUUUCGCCACUAAGGAAAUGGCUGAAAAGGCCCUAAAGAAAGACAGAGAAGUCAUGGGAAACAGGUAUAUUGAGAUUUUCCCCAGCAGGAAAAAUGAGAUCCAAGUCCAGUAUGGAAGAAGGCGAAAUGAGACGUCAGCUUUCACACCAGGAGCUGAGGACACGCCACGGACAAUGAAAACAGCAAGCAGUAGCUCUAUAUCAACAACAGAUAACCUCAUUCACAUGAGAGGUCUGCCAUAUGAAGCCACAGGAGAGGACAUUGUAAAGUUUUUCGCUCCCAUCAGACUGGUGAAGGUUCUUGUAGAGUACGGUCCAGACGGACGACCCACUGGUGAGGCAGAUGCCUACUUCAGAACACAUCAAGAUGCCGUUUUAGCCAUGUCCAAAGACAGAGAGUAUAUAAUGAAGCGAUAUAUUAAGUUGUUCCUGAAUUCAUCAACAUCAAGGGAGGAACAAUAAGUUGAAAGUAAAUUAUUUUAACUGUCUUAAUGCAUUGCAAUCCAGUCUAUUGAAUGAAAGUAAUUCAGUGUAUAUUACAAUAAUACACAGAACCAACAUUAAAAGACAACUUUACAAAUAUA